AUGUACGGCACAUCCACCGGUCCUCAGACUGGGAUCAACACUCCCCGGUCGUCGCAAUCUCUGCGUCCACUCAUCCUGUCACACGGCUCCCUCGAAUUCUCGUUCCUCGUUCCCACCUCGCUUCAUUUCCAUGCCUCUCAGCUCAAGGACACUUUCACCACAUCAUUACCCGAGCCCACAGAUGAAUUGGCCCAGGAUGACGAGCCCUCGUCUGUGGUGGAGCUGGUCGCCCGCUACAUCGGUCAUGUAGCCCACGAGGUCGAGGAAGGCGAGGAUGACGCCCAGGGCACCUACCUGGAGGUCCUGAAGCUCGUCAUGAACGAGUUCGAACGGGCCUUCAUGCGCGGUAACGAUGUCCACGCUGUCGCGGCUGCCUUGUCCAGCAUUGUCGGCAAGAAGAACCAGGUCGUCCAGGCCUACUACGCUGGUCGCGCCGCCGCCAGCCGUCCGACUAAGCCCUACGAUUCAGCUCUUUUCCGGGCGGCCUCAGACGGCGCGGCGGGUAUCUACACCGUGUUCGGCGGUCAGGGAAACAUCGAGGAGUACUUCGACGAGCUGCGCACUGUUUACACCACCUAUCCCUCGUUCGUGGAGGAUCUAAUUGUUUCUUCCGCUGAGCUUCUGCAGUCUCUGUCUCGCGAGCCCGAGGCGAGCAAGCUCUACCCCAAGGGUUUGGAUGUCAUGCGCUGGCUGCGGGACCGAGACGCUCAACCCGAUACUGACUACCUUGUCUCCGCCCCUGUCAGUCUGCCCUUGAUCGGUCUCGUCCAGUUGGCUCACUACACAGUGACCUGCAAGGUCUUGGGUCAGCAGCCUGGUGAUCUCGUGGAGCGCAUUCGUGGUACUACCGGUCACUCGCAAGGUGUGGUCACUGCGGCCGCCAUUGCUACCGCGACCAGCUGGGAGUCAUUCGCUCAGGCCUCUCGCAAUGCCCUGACCAUGUUGUUCUGGAUUGGUCUGCGCAGCCAGCAGGCCUAUCCCCGCACUUCUCUGGCUCCUUCCGUGCUGCAAGAUUCGGUUGAGAACGGUGAAGGCACCCCGACUCCCAUGCUGUCUAUCCGGGACCUGUCCCUCAGUGCGGUUCAGGAGCACAUCGAUGCGACUAACCAGCACUUGCCCAAGGAUCGUCACAUUGCCAUCUCUCUCGUCAACAGUGCUCGCAACUUCGUCGUGACUGGUCCUCCCAUCUCACUUUAUGGUCUGAACCUGCGUCUCCGCAAGGUCAAGGCUCCCACGGGACUCGACCAGAACCGUGUGCCCUUCACGCAGCGCAAGGUUCGCUUCGUCAACCGUUUCCUUCCCAUCACCGCUCCCUUCCACAGCCAGUACCUCUCCUCUGCGUAUGACCGUAUCUUGGAGGAUUUGGAAGAUGUUGUGGUCAUCCCCGCCAAGUCUCUCCGUAUCCCCGUGUUCAACACCAAGUCUGGCGAGGACUUGCGCAACUUGGGUGAUGAGAGUGCCGUGCCCGCUCUGAUUCGCAUGAUCACUCACGACCCUGUCAACUGGGAGCAGGCUACCGUCUUCCCUGGUGCCACUCACAUUGUCGACUUUGGUCCCGGAGGCAUCUCCGGCCUUGGUGUCUUGACCAACCGAAACAAGGACGGUACCGGUGUGCGUGUCAUUCUGGCCGGCGAAAUGGAUGGCACCAAUGCUGAGGUCGGAUACAAGCCGGAACUCUUCGAUCGCGAUGAACACUCUGUGAAGUAUGCGGUGGAUUGGGUCAAGGAGCACGGCCCCCGCCUGGUGCAGACCUCUACUGGGGAGACUUAUGUGGACACCAAGAUGAGUCGCCUGCUGGGCAUUCCCCCUAUCAUGGUGGCGGGUAUGACUCCUACUACUGUUGCUUGGGAUUUUGUGGCUGCCACCAUGAACGCUGGUUAUCACAUUGAGCUUGCUGGUGGUGGUUACUAUAAUGCCAAGACCAUGACUGCUGCUUUGAGCAAGAUCGAGAAGGUCAUUCCGCCUGGACGCGGCAUCACCGUCAACCUGAUCUAUGUCAAUCCUCGCGCCAUGGCCUGGCAGAUCCCCCUGAUCGGCCGUCUCCGUGCCGAGGGUGUCCCUAUUGAGGGUCUGACUAUUGGUGCCGGCGUUCCUUCCAUUGAGGUAGCCAACGAGUAUAUCGAGACUCUGGGCAUCAAGCACAUUGCCUUCAAGCCCGGCUCUGGUGAUGCUAUUCAGCAGGUCAUCAACAUCGCCAAGGCGAACCCCAAGUUCCCCGUCAUCCUGCAGUGGACUGGUGGACGUGGUGGUGGUCACCACUCUUUCGAGGAUUUCCACCAGCCUAUCCUCCAGAUGUACGGCCGCAUCCGCAAGCAGGACAACAUCGUUCUGGUUGCCGGUAGUGGUUUCGGUGGUGCCGAAGAUACCUACCCUUACCUUUCUGGUGCUUGGUCUGCCAAGUACGGCUAUCCCCCGAUGCCUUUCGAUGGUUGCUUGUUCGGUAGCCGUAUGAUGAUUGCGAAGGAGGCUCACACCUCAAAGAACGCGAAGAAGGCCAUCGCCGAUGCGCCUGGUGUGGGUAAUGACGAAUGGGAGAAGACCUACAAGAGUGCCGCUGGCGGUGUCAUCACUGUUCUGUCUGAGAUGGGUGAGCCUAUCCACAAGCUGGCCACCCGUGGUGUUCUGUUCUGGCAGGAGAUGGAUCAGAAGAUCUUCAAGCUUGACAAGGCUAAGCGUGUCCCCGAGUUGAAAAAGAUGCGUAACUACAUCAUCAAGAAGCUCAACGAUGACUUUUCCAAGGUCUGGUUCGGUCGCAACGCUGCCGGCGAGACUGUGGAUCUCGAGGACAUGACCUAUGCCGAGGUCGUUCAUCGCAUGGUCGAUCUGAUGUACGUCAAGCACGAGUCUCGUUGGAUUGACGACUCGCUGAAGCGUCUGACUGGUGACUUCUUGCGUCGUGUUGAAGAGCGCUUCACCACCACCAGUGGUCAGGCUUCGUUGCUCCAGAACUAUUCUGAGCUGAACACUCCUUAUCCUACAGUCGACAACAUCCUGGCUGCCUAUCCUGACGCUGCCAAGCAGUUGAUCAACGCUCAGGAUGUUCACCACUUCCUCCUGCUGUGCCAGCGCCGCGGCCAGAAGCCAGUGCCUUUCGUCCCUGUCCUCGACGAGAACUUCGAAUACUUCUUCAAGAAGGACUCUCUGUGGCAGAGCGAGGACCUUGAGGCUGUUGUUGACCAGGAUGUUGGCCGUGUGUGCAUCCUGCAGGGUCCUAUGGCUGCUCGCUUCAGCAAUGUCAUUGAUGAACCCGUGAAGGAUAUUCUGGAUGGCAUUCACAACGGACACAUCGCUGGCCUGCUUCGUGACGUUUAUGGCGAUGACAAGUCCAAGAUUCCUACCAUUGAAUACUUCGGUGGGAAUCUCGUCGAUGAUGAGGAUGAGCGCGAGGCGGAAGGUCUUACUGUAUCUGAAGAGGCCAACAAGAUCAGCUUCCGCCUUUCCUCAUCUUCUGCCGACCUGCCCAGCUUGGACCGCUGGCUUCGUCUCCUGGCUGGCAAGACCUACUCUUGGCGCCAUGCUCUCUUCUUAGCCGACGUGUUCGUUCAGGACCACCGUUUCCAGACCAACCCAAUGAAGCGUGUUGUCGCCCCUACAGCCGGUCUAUUUGUUGAGAUCAUCAACCCCAACGAGCCCGCCAAGACUGUCAUCAGCGUGCGCGAACCUUACCAGUCUGGCAAGCUCGUCAAGACUGUCGAGGCGAAGAUGAACGAGAAUGGUCAGAUCGCUCUGAGCAUGUUCGAAGGCCGCACUGCCGAAGGUGGUGUUGUUCCCUUGACGUUCCUCUUCACCUACCACCCCGAGGCCGGAUAUGCUCCCAUCCGCGAAGUCAUGGGUGACCGCAAUGACCGCAUCAAGGAGUUCUACUACCGUAUCUGGUUCGGCGACAAGAAUGUUCCUUUCGAUACUCCUACCACCGCCACCUUCGACGGCGGCCGCGAGACCAUCACUAGCCAGGCUGUGGCUGACUUUGUCCACGCUGUUGGCAACACUGGAGAGGCAUUUGUUGAGCGUCCCGGUAAGGAGGUCUUCGCACCCAUGGACUUUGCCAUUGUUGCCGGCUGGAAGGCUAUCACUAAGCCUAUCUUCCCUCGCACCAUUGACGGAGAUCUCUUGAAGUUGGUCCACUUGUCCAACGGCUUCAAGAUGCUCCCAGGUGCUCAGCCUCUGAAGGUUGGCGACGUGCUGGAUACCACUGCUCAGAUCAAUGCCGUCAUCAACCAGGAGUCUGGUAAGAUGGUCGAGGUCUGCGGUACCCUGAAGCGCAACGGUGAGCCCGUUAUGCAGGUUACCAGCCAGUUCUUGUACCGCGGUGCCUACACCGACUUUGAGAACACUUUUCAGCGCAAAGAUGAGGUGCCAAUGCAGGUUCAUCUUGCCAGCAGCCGGGAUGUUGCCAUUCUCCGCUCCAAGGAGUGGUUCCGUAUGGAUGAGUCGGAGACUGAGCUCCUCGGUCAGACUCUGACAUUCCGUCUUCAGUCCUUGAUCCGCUUCAAGAAUCAGACCGUCUUCAGCAAUGUGCAGACUAUUGGUCAGGUGCUUCUGGAGCUGCCCACCAAGGAGGUCAUCCAGGUGGCCUCUGUCGAGUAUGAGGCUGGUGUGUCUCACGGCAACCCCGUCAUUGACUACCUGCAGCGCAAUGGUACGUCCAUUGAGCAGCCUGUCUACUUCGAGAACCCUAUCCCUUUGAGCGGCAAGACCGCCCUCGAGCUGCGCGCCCCGGCCUCUAACGAGACCUAUGCUCGCGUCUCGGGUGACUACAACCCCAUCCACGUCUCCCGUGUCUUCUCCAGCUAUGCCAACCUGCCCGGUACCAUUACCCACGGCAUGUACAGCAGUGCUGCCGUCCGCUCAUUGGUCGAGACUUGGGCUGCUGAGAACAACAUUGGUCGUGUCCGCGGCUUCCAGGUCUCUCUUGUCGGCAUGGUGCUGCCCAACGAUAUGAUCACUGUGAAGCUGCAGCACGUCGGUAUGAUCGCCGGUCGCAAGAUCAUCAAGGUUGAGGCUAUGAACAAGGAGACCGAGGACAAGGUCCUUACCGGCGAGGCUGAGGUCGAGCAGCCUGUGACCUCGUAUGUUUUCACUGGUCAGGGUUCCCAAGAACAGGGUAUGGGUAUGGAGCUGUAUGCCAGCAGCCCCGUUGCUCGUGAGGUGUGGGACCGUGCCGAUCGCCACUUCCUGGAGAACUACGGCCUGUCCAUCAUUGACAUUGUCAAGAACAACCCCAAGGAGCUCACUGUGUACUUCGGUGGUCCUCGUGGUAAGGCUAUCCGCCAGAACUACAUGGCUAUGACCUUUGAAUCUGUGAACGCCGAUGGCUCUAUCAAGUCCGAGAAGAUCUUCAAGGAGGUUGAUGAGAACACCGCUUCUUACACUUACCGCUCUCCCACCGGACUCCUGUCGGCUACGCAAUUCACCCAGCCUGCGCUCACUCUCAUGGAGAAGGCCAGCUUCGAGGACAUGCGCUCCAAGGGCCUUGUCCAGCGUGACAGCAGCUUCGCCGGUCACUCCCUAGGUGAAUACUCUGCCUUGGCUGCCCUUGCUGAUGUCAUGCCCAUCGAGAGCUUGGUCUCGGUCGUCUUCUACCGUGGUUUGACCAUGCAAGUUGCCGUCGAGCGUGACGAGCAGGGUCGUUCCAACUACUCCAUGUGCGCUGUCAACCCCAGCCGUAUCUCCAAGACCUUCAACGAACAGGCCUUGCAGUAUGUUGUUGAGGUCAUUUCUGAGCAGACUGGCUGGCUUCUGGAGAUUGUCAAUUACAACGUUGCGAACAUGCAAUACGUUGCUGCUGGAGAUCUCCGCGCCCUGGACUGCCUCACCAACCUUCUCAACUUCCUCAAGGCUCAGAACAUCGACAUCCCCGCCUUGAUGCAAAGCAUGUCGCUCGAGGAUUUGAAGGCCCACUUGGUCAACAUCAUUCAAGAAUGUGUCAAGCAGACCGAGGCCAAGCCCCGACCCAUCCAGUUGGAGCGUGGUUUCGCCACCAUCCCCCUCAAGGGCAUUGAUGUUCCGUUCCACAGUACCUUCCUGCGCUCCGGAGUCAAGCCGUUCCGCUCAUUCUUGCUCAAGAAGAUCAACAAGACCACCAUCGACCCCUCCAAGCUCGUUGGCAAGUACAUCCCCAACGUCACUGCUCGUCCCUUCGAGAUCUCAAAGGAGUACUUCGAGGACGUGUACCGCCUUACCAACUCCCCCCGUAUUGCUGCUAUCCUGGCCAACUGGGAGAAGUACGAGCAGGGUACCGAGAACGCUGCUCGCGAGGCCUAG